CGUUCACCUUCAUCAUCUCGACUUAUUUCAGUUUUCAUAUCGUACAACCAAUAACUUCUCCCUUGCCAAUAAACAGGACCCAAAACAAAUGGGCCAAAUCUUUCUGUGGGCCCAUCAUUGGUCCGUGUGGGACCUAUGGACCAAACGAUCUCCCUUCCCAUCCUGUUAACGUUGUUAGGUUGGGUACAGCCAAUGUUUCUCAGUACGUGCAGUUGGCUUUUAUUUCCAAUUUUAGAUGAGAAAUUUAAGCCAUCCCCCUCUAAGAUAUGGACAAAUCUUCUAUAAACUGAAGCUCUCUCCUUUCCUUUUAGGAAUCCUAACUUAAAUUCUCGAUAUGUCCCAAGACAGAAGAAGAUGAGCUUUGAACAACCAAACACACCCAAAAUACACUCCACGGUCAAUGCUGUUGUUCACCUGAAACACUUCCUUCCCGUCUCAUUCUUUUUCAUGUCUUGUUUUCUUCUAUACCUUAAACUCCUCAACACUCUCCAAACCCCCACCAAAUCUACCCCUACAAUUUGCCCCUGCAAAGAAAAUUACAGAUAUUUAUCUACCCCCGUUGUUGUUCCUAUUCGUAUUGCCAACAUUAAUAUGAAAUGGCCCGAUUCACCGCAAAAAAUGGAUUCAAAUUGCCUCAGGUCUACUCCCGUUGGAUUACUUUUCUCGUUCGACCUUCGUGUUAAACACCAUGGUAUCUAACCGAGUACAUGAUUAUGCUAGAAGCCUGUGAAUAUUCAUAGCAGCCUUCUUUUGGCGUGGCGUGUGACAGAAAAGUAGGCUAGUUGGUAGUGUUAGCUCAUCUUCUUCUCUUCUUAUUCCGUUUUCUUCAUUUCUCUUCUUUAACAUUUUCUCAUCUUGUCACCCUUUCUUUGGACUCCCUCCAAGCAAAGCCCACGAGCCCCUCCAUCAUCCCCUGAUGGAACUGCCACUGAAGUCACCGGAUUCCGGUGGCUCUGACAUCUCCCUUGCGUGGAGAAUGCCGUACAAGUUGGAGACAAAGAACCUCUCCUACAAGCUAUGCACCAAGCUGGAGGAGUACAACUGGGCCUGCUUCGAGACCCGAAAGAGGGCUCCCAAGUUCAUCCUGAAGGAUGUGAAUUGUGAGGCAAGGCCCGGAGAGAUCACGGCCAUUGCAGGACCUAGUGGGGCCGGGAAGACGACGCUGCUCGAAGUCUUGGCGGCCAAUAAAGAGUCGAAUGGUGGGAAGGUAUUGGGCCAGGUGCUUGUAAACGGUCAGCCCAUUGACUCGAGGUGGAUCCAGAGGUUGUCUGGCUAUGUCUCGCAAGAGGACGCAUUGUUCGGUUCGCUGACAGUCGAGGAGACUCUGAUGUAUAGUGCACUCUUUAGGCUUCGAGUUGGGAGAAGGGAGGCUGCGGAUAGAGUUAGAGAGCUUAUCAAGGAGCUCGGUCUUGAUCAUGUCUCAAGUUCAAGAGUAGGAGGGACAGGAUGGGAUCGGGGUAUAUCAGGUGGGGAGAAGAGGAGAGUCUCGAUAGGAGUUGAACUAGUUCAUGACCCGCCGGUGAUUCUUAUUGAUGAGCCUACUUCAGGAUUGGAUUCUGCCUCGGCUUUGCACUUGGUGAGGUUGCUGAAGUUUAUGGCGCUUCACCAAGGGAAGACAAUUGUGCUCACCAUUCACCAGCCUGGUUUUCGAAUUCUCGAGCUCAUUGAUCGGGUUGUUCUGCUUUCUGACGGGCUUGUUCUACAUAAUGGGUCUUUAGCUCUCCUCGAGGAGAAGCUCAUGUUUGCAGGACUUCGGGUUCCCAAUCAUGCCAACGUGCUCGAAUAUGCCAUCGAUGCCAUAGAAAGCAUGGACCCGCAGGACCACGAAGAGGCCCAGAAUUUCCUUCGAGGAAAUGGCGAAGGAGGAGGUAAAGUCAAUGCUCAUUGCGGCGUAAUAAUCCCUGAUGAGAAGACUCACUCUUACCUCAAUUGCUGGUUGGAAGAGGUUCUGAUCCUUGGCAGGAGAUUCUGUAGCAAUAUUUUUCGAACAAAACAACUCUUUGCCACAAGAGUCAUCCAAGCACUAGCGGCGGGAUUUAUGCUUGGGACGAUUUUCUUGGAUGCCGGGGACGACGUUGGCCCACUGGCUCUGCAGACCCGACUUGGGUUCUUUGCGUUUAGUCUCACGUUCUUGCUGUCUUCCACCACAGAAGGCCUCCCAAUCUUCCUUCAAGAGAGGAGGAUCCUAAUGAGGGAAACCUCAAGAGGGGCAUAUAGAGUGUCUUCUUACGUCAUCUCUAAUACCUUGGUUUUUGUCCCGUUCCUUCUGAUGGUCGGGAGUCUGUACUCUGUCCCGGUUUAUUGGCUAGUCGGUCUGAGAAGCAGCACAGAGGGGUUCUUAUACUUCCUUCUCGUGGUUUGGAUGGUUCUUUUGAUGUCAAACUCCUUUGUGGCCUGUUUCAGUGCCCUCGUCCCUAACUUUAUAACGGGUACCUCAGUGAUCGCAGGACUAAUGGGCUCAUUCUUCCUGUUUUCGGGCUAUUUCAUCGCAAAAGAUAACAUCCCUAUCUACUGGACUUGGAUGCACUACCUGAGCCUAUUCAAGUACCCCUUUGAGUGUUUCUUGGUAAAUGAGUAUGGAGGGCUCCAGGGAAGAAGCAGGUGCUUGGAGUUUGGGGACGGGCAGUGUACAUUAACCGGAAGCGGAUUCUUGAGGCAACAAGAGUUGGAGGAGUCGGCAAAAUGGAACAACCUAGGCGUGAUGUUCGGUUUUAUCAUUGGGUACAGAGUCCUCUGUUUUCUGAUCUUGUGGUUCAGAUGUUACCAGACUAGAAAUUAAAUAUACGAACAUAGAAAGAUUUUUUCUA